AUGCGUGUACCGGCCUCGCUCGGCGGCAAGACGGUCCUCAUCGUCGGCUUCUCCAACUCGGCCGUUGACACGGCCACGACACUCGCCGGGCACGCCAAGCACGUCUACAUAGCGCGCCGCCACGAUGCCUUUGUCCUCCCGCGCAUCGUCGACGGCAAGCCCCUCGACCACGGUUUCAACCACCGCAAGGCGCUCGUCCUGCGCGCCGCGAAAGCGUGCCUCCCGGCUGUCGCCUCCGACGCCAUGAUGCGCCGCGUCCUCACGGCCACGCACCUCAAGGGCAUGCACGGGGUCGCGGCCGCGACGGCCUCGCAACAGCUGCCUCUCCCCAGCGCCGUCGCCCUCGACCUCGCCGCCGCGCCGCUGCCCAACCGCACCCCGCCCGUCAUAUCCGACUCCAUCUUCCACGAGGUCCUCGCCGGGCGCGUCGAGCUCGUCCGUGCUCUCCAACGAAUCGACGGACCCCGCGCAGUGCUCCUCCACGACGGCCGCCGCAUCGACGACAUCGACGCCAUCGUCUUCUGCACCGGCUACCAGGCCGAGUACUCCCUCGCGGGCGAGCACGACCCCACGCGCGAGCAGCCCCCCGGGUGGACCGCCGCCCCGGGCUCCAACGGCCGCCGCCUGCCCCGUCUCUACCGCAACAUCUUCUCGCUCGACCUGCCGCACAGCCUCGCCUUCAUGGGCUGCAUCGCCUUCGCCAGCCCGGCCUUCCAGCUCUACGACCUGGCGUCCCUGGCCCUCGCGCGCGUCUGGACCGGCAAGGCCGCGCCGCUGCCCCCCCGCGACGCCAUGCUCGCCAGCGUGCACGCCCAGCAGGCGCGGCUCGUGCGCCUCGCUGAGGACGGCGGCGGGUCCGUCAUCCCCGGCUGGGUCGACGGCGACGAGUGGAUGGCCUGGGCCGACGACGUCGCCGGCACGGGCGUGCUGCCGCGCCUCGGCUACGGCCCUGCCGGCUGGGCCUUUUGGCUGCGCGACAGGCGCCUGUGCGGCCUCCUCAUGGAUGGCAUAUCCAGUCCCCACGUGUAUAGGCUGUUCGAGACGGGGAAGAGGAGGGCGUGGAAAGGGGCCAGGGAGGAGAUCUUUCGCAUCAACGCAGAGAGAUCUGACGAUUAA